UUUUGACUUUCGAGUUGUUUUUGAAGCUUCGCUGUCUUGCGAGAUUUGACAACACAUUUUGACUAAAUUGUUUUUAAAUAAUUUUAUAUUACUUCCUUGAGGCCACUCAGCUAUGAAGAAAAAUGAGAGUGUUUAUUUGGAUCUUAUGGAGUGUCAUCAAAGGUGUGUCUGAUGCUGCUGCAGAUAAAGUGUCAGUGAUGGAGGGAGAAUCUGCCACUUUGAAUACUGGAAUUAUAAAAACACAAACAGACAGAAUAAGAUGGUAUUUUAACAACAAUCGCAUUGCUGAACUCAAUGGAGAUCAGGUGAAGAUCUGUGUAGAUGAUGUGUGUCCUGAAAGAUUUAGAGGAAGACUGCAGCUGGACAAUACAUCUGGAUCUCUGAUCAUCACAAACACCAGAAAGACAGACUCUGGACUGUAUCAGCUGCAGAUUAACAGCCGUAGAACAGAAAAGAAAUUCAUCUUGUCUGUCCAGGGUGCCCUUGGUGCUGAUAGACUUGGAUCAUCAGUGUCUGUGAUGGAGGGAGACUCAGUCACUCUAUGCACUGGUGUUCAAACAAACCAAAGCAACAGAAUUAACUGGUAUUUUAAUAAAGGGCGCAUUGCUGAAAUAAUAGGCUAUCGGCGUAAAGUCUGCGCAGAUGAUACCUGUCCUCAGAGAUUUAGGGACAGACUGAAGCUGGACAGUCAGAUUGGAUCUCUGACCAUCAUGAAGGUCAGCACUGAGGACUCGGGACUUUACACACUCCUCCAUCGUGGCAGAGAAAAAAUCUUUAGGGUUGCUAUUUUAGACAGUUCUACUGAAGAGAACUGGAAGCAGAAAUCAGUGACAGAGGGAGAAUCUAUCACUUUAGACACUCCUAUUAAAACAACUCCAAAUGAUGUGCUGAAGUGGUACUUUGGCGAGAUUCUCCUUGCUGAAAUCACUGGAGAUGAGAGUCAGAUCUGUGAAGAUGCUCAGUGUAAAGAUGGUGAAGACGAAUUCAGAGACAGACUGAAGGUGAAUCAUUCAUCUGGAUUUCUAACCAUCAUGAACAGCAGGAAAGCAGACUCUGGAGAAUAUACACUACUGAUCAACAGCACCAGCUUCUACAUUAGUAGGAGCUUCUCUGUGAUUGUCACUUUCUCAGGAAUAUCCUUAAGUACAGGAAUUGGAAUGUGUGUUGGUGUGCUGGUGCUGCUACUGCUGCUGGUGCUGCUGACGGCUGCUGCUAUAGCUAUUUACUUUACAAAAAAAAAAAACACAAUCGAACAAGAGAUCAGAGAAUGUAUGUGUGUCAGCCACCAAUCAGAAUGUGUUUCUACUGAGUGACUCUUCCAAUCAGACACCUCAAACUCAAGAUGCCCCUCUAAUGAGUAAUGGCCGGUCAUUAUGCCUGUCAUCGUUUAUCUGUGGCUGUCCUGAAAGGGGGAUAAACAAGUUUGAGCUGCUUGAGCAUGUGCACAUGAAGGUGGGACAUCUUCAAAAUGACCAAAACGACAGAAUUAGGCCAGAGGGAUGAGCCCUUCUGAAUGGAAGAUGCUAAGCAUCCAUCAGUUUUACCCGUUGAAAUCUUUCAUUCUGAAGUGCCUUUGGAAGUGGUCAGCACUUUGUUUUGGAAUAACACUUCAAUAUUGCAGCAAUGAAUAUCACUCCAUACUGACAUUGCUGCUUUAACUGAAGCUCUUUGAAUGACUACUGUAGAACAACCAGCAAACUGCCUUGGGUCAACUGUCUUCAUCAGCUCUAACAAAA